AUGUUAGUUAAGAAGAAGGAUGGAAGAUUCCGCUUCUGCGUUGACUAUAGAGCCGUGAAUAAAAGCACAAUUCAUGACCGGUACCGGAUACCAGUGAUUGAAGAGUUGCUAGAUGAGUUGGCUGGAGCUUCAGUGUAUUCAAAAUUGGAUUUGAAGUCGGGGUAUCACCAAAUCAAAGUGAAAGAAGAGGAUGUGUGCAAGACGGUUUUCAAAACGCACGAAGGGCAUUAUGAGUUCUUAGUGAUGCCUUUUGGGCUCACUAACGCCCUCACAACGUUUCAGUCACCAAUGAACGAGAUUUUCAAGCCGUCUCUGAGGAAGUUUGUUUUGGUAUUCUUCGACGAUAUAUUGGUGUAUAGCAGAAGCGAGGCGGAGCAUCAGGAACAUCAGAAAACUGUCCUCCGUGUUUUGAAGCAGCAUCAAUUCUACGCUAAUGAGAAGAAAUGUGCAUUUGAGCAGUCCAGUGUAUCAUACUUGGGUCAUGUGAUCUCAUCAAAAGGGGUUGCAGCUGAUCCUGAGAAGAUGAAGCAAUGA